CCGAAGAACUAUACGAAGCAGUGUCGAGAACAGCAUCCUAUCUCCAGAGCUACUACUCUACCCUAUCUAACUCUAUCAUCACUCGCAAGCCUGCAGCCGUGAUUAUGGCUGUCUGUCUUCCGCUGCCUAAUCGAUGUGGUGCCAGUAGCUCAUAUAUAGUCGCUGUCCAAACAUUGAAUAUCUGGAAAAACUGACAAUCACAUAGCAGCAGACCCUGUAUGUACAGUGCUAGAUAGGAUGUGUACAUCUCUUCCCAUACUCUAGAAGGAUUGACAUGAGCUCACCUCCCGAGUAGUUUCACCAUGAGCCGCAACACCUCUCCUCGAGGGCACUUCGCCGUAAUCCUCCCCUCCACCAAUACCGUCGUCGAAGCAGAAUACCAGUGGAUGCUCGUGCCAGGCGUAUCGUGGCACAGUAGUCGCAUAUACAUCCCAAAUCCAAAGCUCGACAGCGAUGAGGCCUUUGAAUCCUUCAGCAAGGACCUCAAGGUAACGAUCGCCGAUGCAGUCAAGAGCGUGAUGACAUGCAAACCCGACUACAUGGUGAUGGGUAUGUCCUCUGAGACAUUCUGGGGAGGAAAAACUGGGGCCACUUCAUUUGAAGCAUGGAUGAGGGAACUGUCCGGGUUGGAUGUGACUACGGGUGCCGCCUCCUGCAAUGCAGCCUUGGACGUGUUUGGCGCAAAGCGCAUAGGGGUCAUUACUCCCUACCAACCCGUCGGCGAUGAGCAAGUCCGCAACUAUUUCACUGAGAUGGACUACAUCGUAAAAUCAGUGUACGGGUUGAAGUGUGACUCGGCCACUUCUAUCGCAGAGACCACACCGGAGCAGAUUAAGGCUGCAUUUCGCGCUGUCGACGGCCCCGACGUCGAUGUACUCGUUCAAGCUGGCACAAAUCUUCCCGCUGCCCUGGUCGCCGCGGAGAUGGAAAUCGAGCUCGGAAAGUCCAUUGUUCCAGUGAAUACCGCAACAGUAUGGCACGCCUACCGCACCCAUGGCAUCAUGGACCAGAUUACGGGUUUCGGGUCCCUGCUCGAAAAGCACUAGAACCGUGGAAUGGCUUGCAAAUUCCUAUCAUGUUCCAGGGAACCUCCCAAACCCCGUUCGUAAAUAUCUGCAACUGACUUUCUGCACAAAAGCAAUAGUCCGCCUCUUUAUCUGUGUCCGAUCGGCAUGAAACCAAUAAAGCCGAUCGUCCAACGUUUAACGGAUCUUCCCAUCAAUCCUAGCGCGUGGGGCUUCAAAAAGGUGGUACUCUAAUUCUAGAGCAAGUCGCCGGUUUGUGCGCGCGUAUGCCACUGCUCGGGAUGCUUCAAUGCAUUUUCAGGAAUCUGAGUGAGAUAGAAGCUCUUCACGUUUGGCUAGGGUAGGAACUCGUUGA